AUGUCCGCCUCGACCGCCGCCCUGUCGGGGACAAACUUCCGCCGAAUCGACAUCGACCAAUACGACGAAGACCGCGUCGACCCCUCGUCGCUGUACCACCCCGACCCGCGCGGACCCGCACAGGCGCUCGCGGGCGCUCAGGAGAAGGACAGGACUGUCAGGGGACUGUUGCAGAGGGGCGAUGUGGGGAGUGCACUGAAGGAGGUGCUCAGGGAGGGAGAGUGGCCGUACGGGGAGGACAGCGUGCCAGAGACGAAGCAGGCAAAGGCAACCGCCCUCGCGACCGUCCUCUCGAUCCUCAACUCGACCCGAUCAACCGACAUCCCCACGCUGGUGCAGCAACUCGACCCCUCAGAACAGGUCACGCUCAUGAAGUACUUGUACAAGGCGAUGGAGAACCUGGGGGACACGAGUGGGAACGUUGUCCUCGGGUGGCACGAAAAGCUUACCGAAGUAGCCGGCAUCGGCUGCAUCGUCCGCGUCAUGUCGGACCGACGGAGGGUGUAG